AUGGAAGAGAAAUUUCAUGCUUUGGAAGGAAGGGUCUCAGGUUUGGAGUCUGCUGGUUACGAGAAUCCGACUCCAGCUCAGGAACUGUGGUGGUCAUGCUUGGUUGAUAUCACUGAAGGCGUUUCUCUUCAGAAGGCAUUUCUCUUCAGAAGUCUUGCAAAGCCAACAAGAGAUCAUCUUUCCCGAAAACUUUUCCCAACCAGAUUCACCUUCAACUGA